AUGCCUCUGCCGCUCAUCAUUGUCGAGAAGAUCUUGAACGAAGCCGAUUAUCGAACUGUGCUGAAGUUCUCGAGAUCUUCGAAGAUGGCCAAUUUUGUAGCCCAGCCUCUCCUGCAGUACGUUACUUUGAAACAAUUAAUUAUGUUGACUAGUUGAAAAAGAGCGUUUUUUGGAGAUUACACUGAAAAUAUUAUUUAACACUGGCUUAUUUUAUAUUUUAUCUUUAGUUUGCAUCUAUGACAAUGUCCAAGCGGAGAUAAAAAUUCCUUCUCAAAUCUUUUCCUUUGGAUGAAAAAAUUUGAUGAACCCAAUGCUGAUUUCUUUUUGGCUAAACUAAUCUUCUCAUCAAAUUUUGUUCAUGAAAAAUGUAGUUUUUUCUUGACGGCUUGGAAAUCAUUAAAAUAUUUUUUUGAAAGUUUUUUGAAGAUCUCUGAUAGCAAAACCCAAAAAUAUUCUUCUUUAAAAAUGCCGUCUGAAAAAAAUGACGAGAGAGAUGAAAAAAACCAAAAAAAUAAGGAAGAUCAUCUUCUGAAGUUUUUCAGAGAUAGGAAACCUCCCGUCAGCGCUAAAGUCGUUUUUUUGAUCUUCAAAACGAUUGGCUGAGGGAUGGGGUCAGCGUGACUGACAUCCAAGACGAACGGAAGAAAAUUGAAGUGAGUUUGAAUAUAUCUAUUUUUCUCUUUUUCAUUCCCGAUUUUUCAAAAAAAUAAAUCCUAUAAAACGCAUUUUUUCAGUGGAAUGAACAGGACGGCUUUGAGAAGGAGCUGUACGAGGAGCUCAGUCAGUACAUCUCGACUCAUGUCGAGUUGCACGUGGCAAGCUCUUCCUCUUUGAAGAAAACGGCCGUCUUCUUCAAAUUCGCCGAGAUGGGUCUCUUUGCAGAGACCGAAACGGUGGGUUUCCGCUUUUUUCUGCUUACAGUUUCGAAAACAGAGACAAACUUUGUUUUCUUUCUUGCAAAGUCCAGUUCGUGCUGUUUCGAUCAAAAUUCAAGUUUCGCUCUACGCAGUGCAGAAAAAAAUUAGUCAGAUUUUAAAUAAAAACGCGUUUCAAAAAUAGUUCAAAAAAGCCCGAAAAUUUUCAAUCAAACCAGCUUGAACUGCUUUUAAAUACAAAUUUUGUAGUCAAAUAGUCAUAGCGACACAAUUCGAAGACAGCUUAAACUGACGUGAGAUUUUUUAGCUCGCUUUUCACGUCGACAAGCGGAUGGGGUUCCGGAACUACGCGAGGUGGUUCCCCAACCUCUACCGCUACGAUGGCCUGAGAAACACGGGCACUUUGAACGUCAGAAAGCAGUUUCGAGGCCUUCUGACGUUCCGAAAGUUCAUCGGAACUUAUCCAGCCUCCGAAUUCUUCAGGUGAAUCUUAGAAAAAGGAUCUUAACAUUAAAAAAAAUUCAGAUUGUCGGUGAGCCUAAGCGAGGAGGUCAUACUGACAGAUGAGUGCCUCGACUGCAUAAUGGAGCAGCACCGAGCCAAGAAGACGCCGUUGAAAGUGUUCGUCCUCAACGUGGAGAGUCAGUUGAGGGCGAACGUCAACAAAAUCGUGGAAUUUCUAAAGGUUUUUGAACACUUUAGCUCAAAAUCUCAUCAAUGAUCUCAUUUUUCAAGUUUGCCGCUUGGAGCUGUGCAGAAUACGAGACGAGGGAGCCGCAAAUCGGAGAAAAUGGAGCGAAGCAAAAGGUUAGUAUAGGUUCAUUUUGUAGAAAACAAAUCAGAUAGAGUGAAAAAAAUUCAAUAUUUUGUCUUGAAAAAGUUUCAAAAAUUUCAAGUUUUUGUUUAAGAUUUCCUGAAAGGAAAGUUCCGCAAAACGUCUUUUCAUUUAAACAUAUUAUUCUUAUUGGAGAGUUUGCCUUAUGAAUGAUUUUUCAGGCACCUCGAUGCUACAUCGAGAUAAACUCUCCAUUCGAAGAGAGCGACGACGACAGCAAGACGAAAAUGAAGUUCGCCUUGCAGCGGAUGGGGGUAACUCCCACGGAAACGGCCUGGAAACCCUCGCGAGACCGUUUCCGACCCGAGUACCUCUUUUUCUGCUGGGUCUUCAAGCUGGGGACGACCGAAAUGGUCUUCCGCUUGCAAGACCCCCCCUACAACACGGAAUUCCAAAACGUCGUUGUAGGGAGUCCUUACAACAAUGAAUGA